CUUCAUGUGUACUCCAUGAUCUCUAGUUAACCUAAUUUUUGUUUCUUGUGAGAAAAGUAGUUUGGAUUAUUUAAAUAGCAAGUAAAGUGUACAACAAUUGGCAGUCCAUAUUUGUAUAAUAAAAAAAUAUAUAUUUAGAGAAAUUGUAUGAUUUUUCCGUCAUUGAUUCAUCUGUAACAACAAACACAGUUACAAGAUUUUUCAAACAAUGGCUAAUUUAUCGGCAAACUCAACCGUGUCGAGUAUCUUGAAAAACAAGAGCUCGUUUGAGGAUGAACCACGGAAGAAGAGCAGAGAAGAUUGGCGAAAAGCAAAGGAACUGGAAGAGGCGAGGAAAGCUGGUACAGCUCCUGCUGCCGUUGACGAGGAGGGCAAGGAUAUCAAUCCGCAUAUUCCCCAAUAUAUUAGUGCAACGCCAUGGUACUUUGGUGCUCAGGGUCCUACUCUGAAGCAUCAGAGACCACAACCUGAGAAACAAAAGCUCUUCAGUUCUAUAGACUCAUGGUACAAUCGUGGAGUAGAUUCCUCUCAAGUAGCAACCAAGUAUCGCAAGGGCGCUUGUGAGAAUUGUGGUGCAAUGACUCAUAAGAGAAAGGAUUGCAUGGAGAGACCGCGUAAGGUUGGGGCAAAGUUUACGAAUUCAAAAAUAGCACCGGAUGAAUUUACCCAGCCUGAGUUGUCCAUGGAUUAUGAUGGUAAGAGAGACAGGUGGGCUGGUUAUGAUCCUUCUGAACAUAGAGCAAUAGUGGAGGAAUACCAGAAGAUAGAGGAAGCUAAGAGACAGAUGCGUGCUGAGAAGCUCGAUGCUGAGGAGGAAACCGACGAGCAGGAUUCGGAUAAAGAUGAAGAUAAAUAUGUGGACGAGGUGGACAUGCCCGGUACAAAAGUAGAUUCCAAACAGCGCAUCACUGUGAGAAAUCUACGUAUUCGAGAAGACACUGCUAAAUAUCUGCGCAAUCUUGAUCCGAACUCGGCGUAUUACGAUCCGAAGACUAGAUCUAUGCGAGACAAUCCCUAUACUGGCACGGAACGUGAAGUGGAUUACAAAGGUGAGAACUUUGUACGCUUUUCUGGUGACACACAGCAGCAUGCCAACGCGCAAUUAUUCGCUUGGGAGGCACACGAAAAGGGAGUCGACGUACAUUUACUGGCUGAGCCCACAAAACUAGAAUUAUUGAAGCAAGAGUACGAUAAGAAACGAGACGAGUUAAAGGAUAAGGCUCGUGACAGCAUAAUUGAGCGUUACGGAGGCGAGGAGCAUCUCGAAGCACCGUCAAAAUCUUUGUUAUUGGCGCAGACUGAACAUUAUGUCGAAUAUUCGAGAUACGGUAAAAUAAUUAAAGGACAGGACAGACAAGUGAUACGAUCCAAGUAUGAAGAAGAUAUUCAUCCGAACAAUCACACAUCAGUUUGGGGUUCCUAUUGGCAGGAUGGAAAAUGGGGCUACAAGUGCUGUUACUCGUUUAUCAAGAAUUCAUAUUGCACCGGAGAAUCGGGAAAGAAAGCAGCAGAGGCAUCAAGUAAUAAUAUGCAAGAUAAAACCUCACCCACAAGAUCUGGAAUAGAAGAAAUCGAUGUUAAACUAAAUACAAUGGAAGAAAACCAUGUCUCAAGCUGCGAAUCUUCAUCGGAAGAUGAGGAUACGAUAAAUAAAACGGAGAAACAAAGUAAGGCUGCUAAACGAAAAUUGAAGAAACUAAAACGAAAAGAGAACCGUAAAAAUAGAAAACGGGACAAUGCUGAGAAGCAAGAUGAAGAUAAACUGAAAGAAGCGCUAAGAAAGGAAGAGGAAAGUACGAACAAGAUGGAUAGACUGUUGAAGAUGGAUGAGAGGAAACGGCCGUACAAUAGCAUGUACCAGGCAAAGGAACUGACAGCUGAAGAGAUAGAAGCAUAUCAGAUGAAACGCAAACGUGACGAAGAUCCAAUGGCCCAUUUUUUGUAGAAUUACUAAACUAUUUUUAUAGCAAGAAAAAAAUUAAAAUGUACAUAUGUUUAAUAUGUGUAAAGUCUAUAGAAUGUAUUGCUUAUCUUAUUUAUAUAUAAGAUAUCCUGUAAAAAUAUAUAAUUUAGUAUUAUAAACUAGUUU